UGUGGCCUCCAGUUUAAUGUUGCAAUCAUUAUUCAAAGCUAAUUUCUUUUACAAAUAAUUCUGGCUAAUUUCAUCCGAUAUUUAAGUGAACCAUUUGUAAGCAAACGCAACUGCAAAGUGUAUCAUUUGUUUGGCGAGGACUUUUAUAGCCUUACCAGUUUUAUUUUUAUCAAAAUCAUUGAUCACAGGAGAGAUUAAAGUGCAUUUUGUGAACUAAAAGUAACAGUUACUGGUUCUUAUAAUCAUUGUCUCUCUGCUCAGCGUCUGUGUGUUUUAGUAAACUGACUUGUAAAGAAGGUCACAGCGGUCCAACCUAUGAGUCCAUGCAGGAUGUGUUCAACCUACAGCCCUUCAGGCCGGCCGUAAAUCUCAGCAAUCCCACCAUCACCAACAUCUCCUUCACCCUGUACGCUGUCCUUGGAGUGUACUGGCACCAUGAGUUCCUGGUUUGGGACCCUGAUGAGUGUGAUGGCGUCACCAGGGUUUCUCUUCCUGUGAAGCAGCUCUGGUCUCCAGACAUCAUUGUUUACGAGUUUGUGGAUGACGAUGUUUCCCAGGCGUGUCCGUACGUCUACGCCAACCACACAGGUCACAUCCGCUGGGACAGGAUGCUGCGGCUCGUCUCUGCCUGCAACUUGGAGAUCUUCAGUUUUCCUUUCGACGUACAGAAUUGCACAUUUACAUUUGGCUCCUACAUGCACACCAUACGAGACGUGAGGGUCAGUCCAGCUCUGACCUUUAAAGAGAUGUCUAGAAACUCAAAACGUUACCUGGAAGCCAGUGGAGAGUGGGAGCUGGUGGACAUACUGGGAGAGACGUCCAUCCUUCAGUUUGGCAUUGACGAGUGGGACAUCAUCACCUUCUGGGUGGUCAUAAAGCGGCGUCCGGUGCUCUAUGUGGUCAACCUGCUGAUCCCCAGCUCCUUCCUCAUGCUCAUAGAUAUUCUGUCCUUCUACCUGCCGCCCCACAGUGUCGACCGGGCCUCCUUCAAGAUGACCCUGAUCUUGGGCUACACCGUCUUCCUGCUCAUCAUGAACGACCUGCUGCCCAGCACAGCCAACGGCACUCCCAUCAUAGGCAUCUAUUUCUCAGUGUGUCUGGCCCUCAUGGUCAUCAGUCUGCUGGAGACUGUCAUCAUCACCAACGUCCUCCACCACAACUCCAUGAAGUACCAGGAGGUUCCAAGCUGGGUGAGGGUGGUUGUCCUCAAACACAUAGCCAACCUCAUCUGCUACCGCUGGCCAGACGACAUCCGGCCUCCUUCUUUAUCGCAGAGGGACAAACCUGAAAGCUCCAACGGCAGCUCAGACCCACAGAUCGUCCAACCAACCAGCCGAGCUCCUGACCAGCAACCAGCCAGCAAUGGAGGUGUAGCUGCUCUGCCUGAACUGCAGCAGAUCUGUCAGUACCUGGGCGACCUUCGCGGUCACCUCACCUCCCUGCAGAAGGAGAGCGAGCUGCAGGACCAGUGGUGCCAUGUUGGAUACGUCCUCGACUUCCUGCUCUUCCGCAUCUAUCUGCUGCUCAUCACCUGCUAUGCGCUGGUCAUCAUCUCCAUGUGUGAACUUGAGAAGAAUCUCUUCCCCAACAAUCUGGUGCCCCCUGUAAAAAGCUUUUCGUAUCCGGUGAAUAUAACCAUCAGCAUCACUGUGGUGGGAAUUUUAGGAGUGGAUGAAAAAACUCAAACGCUGACCACGGUCCUAUGGUAAGUCCUGGAGUGGGAAAUCAAGGGACUGAGCUGGGAGGAGGAAGAAUGUGGAGCGAAAAGAGUUUCUGUUCCUCGGGAAAAGCUUUGGGUUCCAGACAUUCAUAUUGCAGAGUUCAUUGGUGAGGACGAAUCUCCCAGAAUCCCUUACGUCUACUUAAAAAAUACGGGUCAUGUAUACGACGAUAAACCACUCCAAGUGGUCAGUUCUUGCCAGUUAGGAAUCUACACUUUCCCCUUUGAUAUCCAAAACUGCUCACUGACCUUUGGAUCAUAUCUACACUUUGCUACAGACAUAAUGAUGAUUCAAGGCAGCACAUCUGAAGAGAUCCUGCAGGAGUCCAGAGGAGUGCUGCAGACUAACGGGGAGUGGGAGCUCACAGACAUCGGAGUAGCCGAUUCCACGCUGGCACUAGAAGACGGAAGCUACUCUGAGAUCAAAUAUUUUCUCAUUCUAAGACGCAGACCCGUCCUGUACGUGGUGAACCUCCUGAUCCCCAGCUGCUUCCUCAUCACCGUGGACCUCUUCAGCUUCCUGCUGCCUCCACAGAGCGUCGACCGCUCCUCCUUCAAGAUGACCCUCAUCCUGGGCUACACCGUCUUCCUGCUCAUCAUGAACGACCUGCUGCCUGCCACCGGGGAGAAAACGCCUUUAAUCAGUGUUUUCUUCUCUCUCAGCCUGGCUCUGAUGGUGACCAGUCUGCUGGAGACGGUGCUCAUCACAAACAUCCAGUUCAGCUCCAGUCAGAGCAGUGCAGUUCCUCACUGGCUCAGCGUCCUGGUGUUGCGUUACCUCGCUGUUGUCGUCUGUAUAACCCCAGAGAAAAAGAGCAACAGAGUCACAGUCUUCCUCAACCCAUCCGCGAAAGAUCCAGUAAAGAGCACCAGGAGCACAGACAUCUCACAGAGUCAGAGCGUCUCUAAUGAUUCCACAAAACCCCCUUCAUCCCCUCCUCACCGUCCGGAUCCGACCCUGGAUGAACUGAGGAGGCUGAGCAGAGACCUCGCUGCUAUCCGACAGCAGAUGGACAGUCACUUCCAGGGGACCAAAGCUUCUCAGGAGUGGCAGAUGAUCGGGACAGUGGUGGACCGUCUCCUGUUCGGCCUCUACAUCGUCUUCAUCGUCGUCAGCUUCAUCACCAUCAUCAGUAUCUGGAUCUGGAAUAACUCGUAUGCAGCAUGAUUUGGGGUUAGAGGGUUAAAAACAUGAGUGAAAUCAAACCGAGUCGUUAAUCACAUCAGCCGUUUAUUCUGAGACAAAAUGCUCGUCAUUGAUUUUCUCGAUCAUGAAAAACUUUUGAUGCAUAUAAACAUCAGAGAACCUCCUGUUGAGAUCAUGUGAAUCAGCAAAGUUUGAGAUUUUAAAAAUUCCUUUCUGCUGGUAGUACUUACUUUCUCUCUCUUCUUUAGUGAUAGAUCCACAGGUAAAGUGAAAAAUCGGACUUCUACAUUUCAUUGUGUAAGUACAACACAUAAUCUAAUUAAAUAUACAUAAUGUGAGUGUUGUCAAACUAGUGGUUAAACACUUUAUAU